UUUGUCGCAGACGCAUCUCCUGAGAAUAAACAUUCACAAAAUGUACAAGGCACUCAUUUUUGCUGGUCUUAUCGCUUUGAGCGUUGCUGCUCCCUAUGAAGUCAUCCUUACCGUUGACCCUGAAACCUCAGAUGUUCCUCUUGUCCGUGUCGUCAGACAAUUGGGCUUGAGCGGAGGCGCAGCAAAUGCCGGAGCAUCUACCCAAACUUUCAACCAACAACCCGGAUUCGGAGGAUUCGGCGGAUUUGGCGGAGGUUUGUCAGGAUCAGCUGCUAAUGCUGGAGCUUCUACACAAACCUUCAACCAAGGAGGCGGCUUCGGAGGAUUCGGCGGAGGUUUGUCUGGAUCAGCUGCCAAUGCUGGAGCUUCUACUCAAUCCUUCAACCAAGGAGGCUUCGGCGGAGGUUUGUCUGGAUCUGCUGCCAAUGCUGGAGCUUCUACCCAAUCCUUCAACCAAGGAGGCUUCGGAGGCGGUUUGUCAGGAUCUGCUGCUAACGCUGCUGCUUCUACCCAAACUUUCAACCAAGGAGGUUUCGGAGGCGGUUUGUCUGGAUCUGCUGCCAAUGCAGGAGCCUCGACACAAACCUUCUCUGGUUAAGCGACAAAAUACCAAAAAGAAACUCGAAUUAAUUAAAUGCUAAUUGAACGAAAAACAAAUGAUGAAGUAAUCUCUUUGCCAUAAAUGACCUCUAAAGUAACUUUUUGAACA